CGGAAGCCGGCUGGUGAACCAGGAAGAUUCUGUAAUACCGGUUUUCCAAAUAGAAUAUGGAGAUAUUUCGGGGUCUGCUGGUACCGGGGAUCCUCCCGGAGAGCUGCUAUGAUGAGUUCUUUUUACGGUUUAAUCUGCUGAAUGUUUUUUGCCAGAAAAUUCUAAUAAGCAAAGUUCUUGGAAUUGGAAUCAUUGCUGGAUCUAUUUUGGUGAAAGUUCCACAGAUAAUAAAGAUCCUGAAGUCAGGCACUGCUGAAGGACUUAGCUUUCAGUCUAUUCUACUGGAGUUAGUGGCUUUAACUGGAACUAUGCUUUAUAGUAUCUCACUUAAAUUUCCCUUCAGUGCCUGGGGGGAGGUCCUGUUCCUUAUGGUACAAACUCUUAUAAUUGGAUUCCUUAUUCAGCAUUUAAGAGGGAGAACAGGAAAUGGUAUACUGUUCCUCGGUGUAUACUUCAUUAUUGUAGCUAUCCUUCUGUCACCUAUUGUUCCCAUGGCUGCGAUCACUGUUCUGCAGAGCAGCAACAUGCCGGCAGUGAUCUUCAGUAGGCUCAUACAAGCAAUAACAAACUAUAAGAACGGUCACACAGGACAGUUGUCCGCAGUUACUGUCACACUUCUGUUUUUGGGAUCACUGGCAAGAAUAUUCACCUCCAUUCAGGAGACAGGGGACCCACUGAUGUCGCUUACAUAUGUUGUAUCGUCUUCUUGUAACGGUAUUAUCAUGGCCCAGUUACUCUAUUACUGGAAUGUGAGCUCUGUCGGCAAGGAUAAAAAGAGAAGCUAAAUCGUUUCCACCAUCUUCAUACAGACUUUCAUUCAUUCCCCUUACCCUUUAUACCUACUCUUCUGCUGUCAUUUUUUCAUAUCUUUAACCACCCCUUUUCUAUCCCUCAUUCUUAGCUGAUAUGACAAUGACAACCAGAAUUAUACCUCUAGCUAGGGAUUACAAGUGAAUGCUGAUUUUUUUUUCUAUAUGUAAAUAGCAAGAUCAUCUAAAGUUUUAACUGCAUAAAUUUUUACAAUACAA